GGUACCGUGCCCGCGACGCACGUCGUUUCAGUUCUCUAACCUUUGUUAUUUUUAAUAAACUCUCGCAUAUAUUUUUUUUAAGUAACCUGGUGACUGUUGACGUUUUGUGUGCAAGUGUGGUGACUGAAUAAUUGAUUAAGAUUUUUUUUUCAUGUGCAUAAAAAGUUUGUUUGACGUAAAAUUGACAAGUGAGCAUGUGUUCUGUGCUGUAUUUAUUAUUAUGCGAAUGGAUUGCUACCGCUUCGAUAUAGUUUGACACAAGAUGACCUGACAAAUCGAGAUAGUGACCUAAAUGCAGGCGAUGUGGAAGGGGCCUAUAAUAUUCUAACGUAACGAAAAUCAAAGAGCGGAAGAAUGAUACAAGUGGUACUUGACAGAACACAAAACUACAUUAGCAGCGAUGCGAAUACUUACGAAUUAUAACAAAAACAUAAUGAUGAAGGAAAAAAUGGAUGAGAUACGUCUCGAGUUGACUUGACGAUAGUUGGUGUUAUUAUUUCAAAAGAAAAACUGAUUAUUACGAAGGAUUUUGUGAUAAUAAAUUGUGAUGUUGUUGAAGAGACAGUGAAAAUAGAACUAAAUAAUGUUAUUGUGCUAGGAAUUUGAAUAAUGCCUGAUAGGGAGUCAGUGGGAGGUCCGGGGACAGCUGGCAGUGGAGGUUUCUUGCCUCUGCAGUUCCCAUCGGCUUUUGCAGCCUUCCAUGCAUCUACAGCUCCUGGUGCAUCAGCUACAGCCAUGCAUCACGCCACUCAUUAUCAUCAUCAUGCGCAGCUAGCCGCGGCGGCGGCGGCAGCGGCCGGCGCAACCACUGAGCUGAGCUACCUCGCCGCCCUCCAUCCCGCAUACCGCCCCGUGCCUUACGACCAUCCACUUUACGGUGCUAAUACUUUAAGAGGUUUAGAGUACUUAAGUGCAGCAAGGAGUCUACAUCCAGAGCUGCAUGCCAGCAGUACCCUCGCCAGUCAAGAUUUUCAAUUAAGUUUAGAUGGUUCAAGAAUAGCCUCUCCCACCCGCUUGAGGUUAUCAGGAGGUGCGAUCGGUGCCUCAGCUAAUCGUAAACGGGCGGUGUCCUGGAGUCCUUACUCGGCCGAGUCCCUCGACUUGGCAGCAGUAAUCCGCGCAUCGCCCGCCAGCUUGGCAGUGAGAGCGCCAUCUGCCGCAUCCACUGGAAGUUAUGGUCACCUUAGUGCUGGAGCGAUAUCACCAGCAUUGUCACUGUCGCACGCGUCGCUUGCACAGCAGUUGCUGGCGAGAGGCGGCGUAGUGGGCAGCAGUGGGGUGCUGGCAGGCGGGGUGUUGCUAGACCCGGCGCACCAGCAAGCUGCGGCUGCGGCAGCACACCACGCUGCGCACGCGCAUCUAGUCGCUGGAAUUCACAGAUCUCACAUAUCAUCUCCAACUCAACUUCUAAUGGGUACACCAGUCGAUGUCAGACCAGGUUUGGGACUAGACGGGACACCGCCACAGCAUAUGCAGCAACCGCCUCAACCAGAAGUGACCAGCAUAAUGGAAGCUGAUAGUGCCUCAAAUAUAAUACAGAGGAAAUCACCACAGAGCCUUAUGAAUAGAGAUAAUCAUCACAGCAAUAAGCCAUUGACAGCAGCAGCAGAAAGCACCGUCCACGAUGGAGUGGACUCCAAAGAUGAACCCGGAGAUUUUAUUGAGACGAACUGUCAUUGGGUGGACUGCAAAUUAGAGUUUCCAACUCAAGAUGACUUGGUGAAACAUAUAAAUACAGAUCACAUUCAUGCUAGCAAAAAGGCCUUCGUCUGUCGCUGGGUUGGCUGUUCCCGUGAUGAAAAGCCAUUUAAAGCCCAAUACAUGUUGGUUGUGCAUAUGAGGAGACAUACGGGAGAAAAACCCCAUAAGUGCACUUUCGAAGGAUGUUGCAAAGCGUAUUCACGUCUGGAAAACCUAAAAACCCACCUUCGGAGUCACACAGGAGAAAAGCCAUAUACAUGCGAGUAUCCUGGUUGUGCGAAAGCCUUCUCUAACGCCAGCGAUAGGGCGAAACAUCAAAACAGGACACAUAGUAAUGAGAAACCAUACGUGUGCAAAGCACCAGGUUGUACGAAGAGGUACACUGACCCAUCAUCGCUUCGGAAACACGUGAAAACCGUUCAUGGUGCUGAAUUCUACGCCAGUAAGAAACAUAAAGGUUGUAGCCGAGGAGAUGACUCUGCAGAAUCAGGAGGUGGAGGAGCGGGUUCUUCUCCACGUUCAGAAGAAGGUGGAGUGGCUGUUGGUGUUAGAGGCCACACAUCCUCAGCAUCAGUCAAGAGCGAAAGUCCAGCAUCACCACUGCCUCUUGGCUUACAUACUCCUGCGCAUCAGUUGUCUGCCCAGUGUGGUGGGGAGCUGGACUUCGGUGGUGCUGGUCUCGGUGGGUUCAGUGACGAGAAUGGUGCUCCAUACUUUAGGUUAGACGGAGAGGUGGAACAAGAAGUGGUGGGUGAAGUUGGUCAGUUACCACUGAUGCUUCGCGCUAUGGUCGCCAUUGGUGAACCCCGAGCUCACCAUCACACACCACGAUUCGGUAACAACAAAAUGGGAGUUGGAAGGCUGAUGCCUCCUGGACAUGGCGCUGAUAUUGGUGGAGGCGGCAUCCCAGGACGUACGGAACUGGGUAAUACAGCUGUAACUGUAGAACUAAAAACGGGCGCUCCCAACACCAGGCGAGACUCUGGCAUAUCUUCUGGAAGUAGUCUCUAUAGUGCAAGGUCAUCAGAUAUAUCCCGUAAGAGCAGCCAAGCGUCAGUCGUGUCUGGGGCGGUGGCUACAACAGCGGGCGUAGUCACGGCGCAACGACUAGUUACGCAGCAAACCGCGGUUUAUGAUCAAUUAUCACCUGAUAGCAGUCGAAGAUCUAGUCAAGUAUCUUGCGUGGGUUACGCUCCACCGCCAUCCUCGGCUCUCGCUGCUGUUCAAGCUGUCAGAACGUCUCAAGGAAAUCAGGCGGUCCUCCUCCGAGGAGUAACAUGCUCGGAAGUGAGAGCUGAAGAAUUGGCGUUGGAGCUGGAUCCAAAUGUUCAGGUCAAGGAGGAAGCGAGACGCCUCUCUGAACAGUCCAAUCUGAGUGACCAAACCCAAGCGUAUCAGGCGUACCCGUGUGGUACUGAUGAUGUGGGCGAUGCUCCAUUCGCAUUCAAAACAGAAAAUGAUCACGACGCUGUGACGUACAAGGAGUCUCGUUCAAACUCCACGAAUACUGUGGUAAUCACCACUGCCCAGGUCCAUCAUCCCAAUCAAGAAGUCAACCUGGAACAGGUCGCAGAAGGAGAAAUGGUGGAAAAUAAGCUGGUAAUACCAGAUGAAAUGAUGCAAUAUCUUAACCAAUCAAUAUUGGGAACCGAAUCGGUAGUACCAGCAAAAACUGAAUCCACCAAUCCACCUGAUCCAGAAGUGACCAAUAAAGACAAUAAUAUUGCAACCAAAGACAAUACAAGCAGUGAAAUACAAAACACAAACAAUUCCAGUGAUAAAAUCAGUGAAGUAGCGACUAGUGACGAUUCUCUACUCAAAAACUUAGGUGCCAUAGGAAGUGAUCUCAAUAUAAGUGAUAUUCCAGUCGAUUUAAGAUCAUUAGACGUUAGCAUGUCGGGUAAUAGUGGCUCUCUUUUAGUUACUAAAUCACCAGAUGACAAAAAUCCUCUCCAAGAACAAGUUAUUCCUGAAAUUAGCACAGAGAAAUGUGAACAAGACUAUUCACAACCAGCAAAUAGUAUUGCUACAAAUAAUCCAUUACAGUCAUUACAGACGAUGGCGGCAAAUCAGACGGAACACUCCAGGAUGAGAGUAAAUACUUUACCUCAAAAGCAAAAUCAAAUGAGUCCAAAAGCAAAGGGUUCCCAAAACCCAAGCCCACAAAGUAUGCCACAUAACAUGAUGAGUCCGCAAAGUUUACCGCACAUGGCAAUGAGUCCAAGAAGUGUAUUGAGUCCCCAUAAUAUGUCUCAUAGUGUAAUGAGUCCGCCGAGCGUGUAUAACGUGAUGAGUCCACAAAGUGUCAUGAGUGUCAUGUCACCCCAACAUAACGCAAUGAGCCCGCAAAGUAUGCAGAGCCUGAUGAGUCCGCAAAUGCCACAAAUGAUGAUGAGUCCUCGUCAUAACAAUGUUGGUAGUCCAAUGUCUCAAAAUAUGGCAAGCCCUAUGAUGAAUAUGGCAAGUCCUAUGGCUCAAAAUAUAGCCAGCCCUAUGAGUCAUGGUAUGCCAAGUCCGAUGCAUCCUGGCCUUCAAAGUCCCAUGGCUCAAGGCGCAGUAAAUCCAAUGGCACAAAAUAUUCCAAACAUGGCAAUGAAUGCACCGACACCGACACAAAAUCAAAAUAUGGUUAUAAAUAUGAAUAUGAAUGGAGCAACUCAAAUGCAACCUGUGCCUCCAAAUUAUAUAAAAAAUUCACAUCAAAAUUGUAAUCCCAAAGUAGCAAAUAGAAAUAAUGUCCCUACUCAAUAUCAGAAUCAAACUUAUAAUCAAAUGCCACCGUUUGCAAUGCAGAAUCAGCAAAAUGUCAACUUAAGAAAUCAAAAUAUGCAGCAGUAUCCAAUGAUGCAGCAAUACAAUCAAAAUCAAAUGCCUGUUUUACACCAAAUGCCUCCAAAUCAGCAGAAUAUGGUCUACAAUAACAAUCAGAUGGUAAAUUAUUCACAAUCAAUUAAUUAUCAGAGCCAAAGCAAUCAGAUACAUCCGUUGCAGAUGUCAAGAUCGUCAGUAAUGAGUGUGGACAAUAGUGGGAACAUGAGCAGGGGGGCGAUAAAUAACUAUUGUGAUCAACAGAGUCAAAUGCAAAAUGUUCAAUACAGUCAAAAUAUGCAGUACCCUCAACCACCGCCUUAUAAUUCUGUUGUAAAUCCAGGUGUAAAUGCGCCUAAUGUCAUGGGUCCACCACCACCAAAGAAUAAUCAUCAGUAUAACCAAGCAAUGAUGAACAAUAACCAGUAUUAUAACCAUCAGAGACCAUACAAUCAAUGGGACUAUCCCGGUAAUCAAUUUAACAAACACAACAUGCAGAAGUCUGUUCAGAAUUCUGUAAAUAUGUCCACGGGAAGUCAGAAGCCAAAUUGUGUUACUAGGGCAUCUUCAAAUUGUAAUCAGAUGAUGAAAAAUGGUGAUCAGCAAACAGAUUGUAGUAUGAAUAGUUUGAGAAGUGGGAAUAACCAGCAAGCAAGCGAUGUUCAGGUUUGGGAUAUAUCUCAGUCGCAGAUAGAAGCAACGAAUGGUAGGAAGAAGAAUCAAAAUAGUAGCAUGCGCCAAGAAACCUAUCAGAGGACGCUAGAAUACGUGGAGAAUUGCGAAAAUUGGAAGAGUUCUGAAAUGGUGUCGAGCAGCACUCACCCCCCACAGGGCGGUGACAACAUGGUUGUGAAUGAUCUCCAGACGUCACUAUCUUCGUUUUAUGAAGAAAAUCAGUACCUCCAGAUGAUUCAGUAGGUUAAUUGUAAAAUAUAUUCUAAAACUUCGCUGAGUUACGCGAAAUUAUAUACAUUUGUACAUCAUUGAAAGCUCUUGAUAAUUUAAUAUAAAUAAAUAGUAUAUUUAGCUAAAUACUGGGCAAUAUUUUGAUACUAGCUUUUACCCUUGACUUUGUCUGCGUGACCAAGAUAUAUUCACCAAUCAAAUAUGAACCUAUAUUCUACAAUCCCAUAUAGCAUGUUUAUAUCCAAUUUCAUAGAGAUUGAUUAAGCCGUCAAGGCGCCAAUGUCUAACAAAUGAUCAAACAAAGUCACUUUUACGUUUAUAAUAUUAUUUAAAACUCUAUUAGAGUUAAGCUGGCCUUUGUACAUUUUUUUGUACAUUCCUCUGUCAUAUUUUUAUAAAUAACUGGUGUGUACAAUAAAGAAUUGAAUAAAUAAAUAAAUAAAAUAUUAAAUCUCUAUACUAUCAAUUCUGUCUGUUCCCUAACAAUUUAAUAUUUAAUAAUUUGCUGUCUUUGCCGUAUCUAUAUCGGGAAUAUCAUCGGUCCUUUUCACUUUUACUCAGGGAACUGAGUAAAAAUUAUUACAAUUUUUUUAUUAUUAGUAAACAUCGUAUAUAUAAGAUGAAAUCUAAAUUAAUGUUUUGUCAGUGCAACUAAACAUUUUAUCAUUAUACAUAUUAUAUUUUAACGCCCUUCCAAUUUUUUUUUACAUCAAUAUUUGUGACCACAGACAGACGUAAUCCUCUAUGUUUGUGAGGAAACGUCUUCAGAAACGGUCAAGUCAGAGGAGUAUAAUUCUUGGUAUAUUUAUAUUUCUUGGAAAGCAGGAAAGCAGGAAUAUUUAUAUUUCUUGGUCGAAACCCUGUAAACACUUUUACUCAUUCAAUUUUACUCUUUGCAUUUUGGAGGGGCGUGCCAUGUUAUUGUGGACAAUUUAUAAUUAUUUCGAUUUAACCUGUAUAAUCUAAAGGAAAUUGCUUGUUUGACGUUGUCCUACUUGGUGGUAGAAAGUAAAGGUUGUUAAACUGUUUUGGAGACUGAUUAUUUAUAAAUUUAUAAUAAUGUUAGUUCAAUACAAUUUAUAAGUACACACAGUACAAGAUCAUUGUUUUUAAUAAAAGACACUUGCGUAUUGAAUAAUCAUGUAAAUAUUGUAACUGUUUCGCCGUCUUCCACGAUAAUGAAUUUUUUACUGUUAAGCAUUUAUAUAUAAAAUUAUUUAAGUAUAUCACUUAAGUGCCUUAUGUACAUAGUGUACAAAAUUAACAAGGAUUUCUAUCUACAAGGGAGUUUAAUAUGUGCCUCUACGAAUUGUUAAGACUAAAAUGUGUUUUAUGCCUUUAAAUUAGAGAUGAUAUUGUCUAUUUAGCGUGUAACCUCUGAGAUUAUUAGAUAAAAUAAAUAAAAAUUGUACAAAUACUUAGUGAACAUUUUUCUAGCAUUUUUACAGUGUUGUUGAAUUAGAAUUAGCUAUACUUAAUUUUAUAUUAAAAUCUUAGCUUGUAAUAUAAAUUAUAAAGCAAUAUAAAACAUCCGUACUGUUUGUAAGACAUCGAAUCUCCUAGUUUAGAGUUUUAUGAGAUUAUUAGAGUUAAGUAUUUGUUAAUUAAUUUUUAUUUAAAUACAUAAAUGAAUGAUCAACGCACAAAAUAAUUGUAAUAGAUUGAAGUUAUAAGUGUAUUUUGUAAUAAAUUAUUGUUUUUGUAAUGUUGUAAAGAAACAAUCUAGUACAUCUCUGACAAUAUUUUAAUGAAAUUAUUAAAUAAAAUUUCUUAUUAAAGAA